AUGAAUAUCGGCGAUUCCCCGAAAAUAACAACCAGCAAGCGCAAUGUGAAGUACAUUAAGAGCUCAUGGAACGUCCACGAGUUUGAAGUGUGGAGCGGUGAAUUUAUAUGUCGAGUAGUAGCUUUGAAGAUGCGGGACUCGCUGCUGGUGUGGGUGGGCGGGCGCGAGCCGCGGCUGGACGAGCUGGCGCUGGCCGUGCCUCACGGACGCAGCGCGGUGUGCACGAGCCUGGUGGAGGCGGGAGGAGCGGCCGACGGACUGGCGGCGAGGCUGGCGGCGGCUCUCACUCGGCCGGUACACGUGGGCUGUGGACUCGUGCUGGACCGGCUCACAGCACCGCUCGUGGAGAAGGGCAUCGCCACGGAGAUUAAGAACCAUCCAGAAUACUUUUGA